CAUCGAGCGUGCACCUGCCAGUCUUUGAUCCAGUCUCGACGACCGCACCUCAAAACUCAAGGAGCAUCUGACAGCGUCUAACACACCGUUCUGAGGGUGAGAAUGCCGUGUAUGGCUCAGUUUGGAUCAUGUUUUCCCCCUUCCUGAUUUCGUUGAUUCUCUUCCCUCUCUUCAGAUCGCUACGGAUGGUCUUGACAGACUUAUUCCAUACCUACCUCCCCCACCCUAUUUAUCCCCUUUUCAAAGUUCAUACCCAAGCUUUCUCAUUAUAUUAUACGGAUUCAUACGUUAUCACUGUCCUCUUGCAGCUAGCUACUUUGGUUGGGCUCGUUAUGAUAGAUUAUCGAUGUACAUACUUAAUUGAUAUUUAUAACUCUUAUUAAGAUAUAAGAUAAUAUGAUAUGACUUAUAGAUUUUCGCA